GCAGCAUCUCCAGUGUCCAGCUGUGUGUGGAGAUUAAAACCUCAGUGAUGGGGCUUCUUCACUCCUGCUGUGGAGGAAGAACCUCUGAUUCAAAAGUGAAGCGUGCAGGACCUCCAGAACCCAGCUGUGUGUCUGAGAAGAGUGACCGGUCCAUGCCUUAUCCUCCUAGUUUCAGUGGAGGAGGAGGAGAACCCAGCUGUGUGUCUAGGAAGAGUGACCGGUCCAUGCCUUAUCCUCCUAGUUUCAGUGGAGGAGGAGGAGAACCCAGCUGUGUGUCUGAGAAGAGUGACCAGUCCAUGCCUUAUCCUCCUAGUUUCAGUGGAGGAGGAGGAGAACCCAGCUGUGUGUCUAGGAAGAGUGACCGGUCCAUGCCUUAUCCUCCUAGUUUCAGUGGAGGAGGAGGAGAACCCAGCUGUGUGUCUGAGAAGACUGACCAGUCCAUGCCUUAUCCUCCUAGUUUCAGUGGAGGAGGAGGAGAACCCAGCUGUGUGUCUAGGAAGAGUGACCGGUCCAUGCCUUAUCCUCCUAAUUUCAGCCGAGGAGGAGGAGAACCCAGCUGUGUGUCUAUGAAGAGUGACCGGUCCAUGCCUUAUCCUCCUAAUUUCAGCCGAGGAGGAGGAGAACCCAGCUGUGUGUCUAUGAAGAGUGACCGGUCCAUGAUGUUUCCAGCACAGUCCAGUGGAGGGAGAGGAUCCUCUGACUCAGGGCAGCACUCCACACAAACACCACUGCAGAUAAACACUCUAGCAGAUAUUCACCAACCAGUGGAUGAUGUUCUACACAGAGUCUUAGAGAGACACAAAACCAGCAUGAAGAACAAGUACGAGAGCUUAUUUGAGGGAAUCAGAACAGAAGAGAAUAAAACCCUCCUGAACAGGAUUUACACUCAGCUCUACAUCAUAGAGGGAGAGAGUGAAGGAGUGAAUGAAGAACAUGAGGUUCUACAGAUGGAGAAAACAUCCAGGAGACGCUUACAAGACUCUCCAAUCAACUGCUUAGACAUCUUUAAACCUCUACAGGGUCCUGAAGGAGAAACACUAGAAGAGACCAUCAGAGCUGUGAAGGCUGACAGACUCAGACACAGAGAAGGAGAAGAUAACAGACCAGAAGAGCCAGAGCUCAGAGCUGCUCUGACUAAAGGCAUCGCUGGAAUUGGAAAAACUGUCUCUGUGCAGAAGUUCAUUCUGGACUGGGCUGAAGGAAAAGCCAAUCAGGAUGUGGAGCUCAUGUUUGUGCUGCCGUUCCGGGAGCUGAACCUGAUUAAAGAUGAUCAAUACAGUCUUCAUGGACUUCUGUGUGACUUCCAUCCUGAGCUCAAAGAUCUGGACCCAGAGAUUUAUGAUCAGAUCAAAGCUGUGUUUAUAUUUGAUGGUCUGGAUGAAAGCAGAAUUCCACUGAACUUUGACCAGUGUGAGAAAGCAUCUGACAUCACCAUGACAUCAUCAGUGGGUGUGUUGAUGACCAACCUCAUCAAAGGAGAGCUGCUUCCCUCUGCUCUGAUCUGGAUCACCUCCCGACCAGCAGCAGCCAAUCAGAUCCCUCCUAAAUACAUCAACCGUGUGACCGAAAUUCAGGGAUUCAGUGACCCACAGAAGGAGGAGUACUUCAGGAAGAGGAUCAGUGAUGAAGACCAAGCCCAGAGAAUCAUCUCCCACAUUAAGACAGUGAGGAGCCUCCACAUCAUGUGCCACAUUCCAGUCUUCUGCUGGAUCUCAGCCACUGUUCUUCAGAGAAUCAUGAAACAGUGUCAUACAGAAAUCCCUAAAACUCUGACUGAAAUGUACUCACACUUCCUGAUCACUCAGACCAACAUGAAGAACGAGAAGUAUGAGGAGGAAGACGAGAGAGACCCAAAGAACCUGCUGGAGUCCAACAGAACCGUUCUUCUGAAACUGGCUGAACUGGCUUUCAAACAGCUGAUGAAGAGCAAUGUGAUGUUCUAUGAAGAGGACCUGAGAGAGAGCAGCAUUGAUGUCACUGAGGCCUCAGUGUAUUCUGGGAUUUUCACUGAGAUCUUUAGGGAGGAAUGUGUGCUUCACCAGAGGAAGGUCUACUGCUUUGUUCAUCUGAGCUUUCAGGAGUUCCUGGCUGCUCUUUAUGUGUUUCACUGCUAUGAGAACAAAAACAUGGAGGAACUGGAGAUACUUAAACCACUGUACAGUGAGUGGUCUGAGAAUGAUCCACUGGAUGAGGUUCUGAUGGGAGCAGUGAAUAAAGCUGUAGAGAGUCAGAAUGGACACCUGGAUCUUUUUCUCCGUUUCCUGCUGGGCGUCUCACUCAAGUCCAAUCAGAGACACCUACAGGGUCUACUGACCCCAACACAGAGCAGCUCAGAGAGAACCAGAGAGCACAUCAAGAGAUUAAUCAAAGGAGAAGAUGAUAGUGAUGAUGAUGGUGAUGAUGAUGAUGAACAAUUUCCCUUCUCCACUGAGAGGUCCAUCAAUCUGUUCCUCUGUCUGUCUGAAAUGAAUGACCAGUCUCUCUCCAGAGAGAUUCAGGAGUUUCUAAAAUUAGAGAGACACUCAGAGGUGAAUCUCUCUCCUGGACAGUGUUCAGCACUAGCCUGCAUGCUCCUGACCUCAGAGGAGGUUCUGGAUGAGCUGGACCUGAAGAAAUACAACACAUCAGAGGAGGGUUAUAGGAGACUGAUCCCAGCUCUGACUGUCUGCAGGAAAGCUCGACUAGCUGGGUGUGGUCUCACCACAUAUUUCAGUGAGAAUCUAUCAUCAGCUCUACAAUCUGUAAACUUGUCUCUGAAAGAGGUAGACCUGAGUAACAAUGACUUGCAGGAUUCAGGAGUGGAGCUGCUCUCUGCUGGACUGAAGAGCUCACACUGUAAACUGGAGAUACUCAGACUAGCUUGGUGUGGUCUCACCACAAAGUCUGGUGAGAAUCUAUCAUCAGCUCUACAAUCUGUAAACUCGUCUCUGAAAGAAGUAGACCUGAGUAAUAAUGACCUUCAGGAUUCAGGAGUGGAGCUGCUCUCUGCUGGACUGAAGAGCUUGCACUGUAAAUUGGAGAUACUCAGACUGCACAUCUGUAGUCUCGGUGCGAAAGCUUGUGAAAAUCUGGGAUCAGCUUUACAAUCACCAAACUCCUCCCUGAGAGAGCUGGACCUCAGCAACAAUGACUUGCAGGAUUCAGGAGUGGAGCUGCUCUCUGCUGGACUGAGGAGUUCAUUUUGCAAACUGGAGACACUUGGAUUGUCUGGCUGUAUGGUUACAGAUGAAGGCUGUUCUUCUCUGGCCUCAGCUCUGAAAUCAAACCCUUCCCACCUGAGAGACCUGGAUCUGACCUAUAAUCAUCCAGGAGAGUUUGGAGCGAAGCUGCUCUCUGUUCUACUGGAGGAUCCACACUGUACACUGGAGAAACUACAGGUGGAUCAUGGAGGGAAGAUCAGGAUGAAACCAGGACUGAAGAAACAUGCGGUUAAUCUCACUCUGGAUCCAAACACAGUGAACUGUCGUCUCUCUCUGUCUGAGAGGAACAGAAAGGUGGAUUAUGUGAGAGAAGAUCAGUCGUAUCCAGAUCAUCCAGACAGAUUUGAUUUCUGGCCUCAGGUUCUGAGUGUGGAGAGUCUGACUGGACGCUGUUACUGGGAGGUUCAGUGGAGCGGAGAGGCUGUUAUAUCAGUAUCAUACAGAGGAAUCAGGAGGAAAGGAGGCAGUAAAGACUGUGUGUUUGGAUUCAGUAAACACUCCUGGAGUCUGAACUGCUAUAAUAACAGUUACUCUGUCAGACACAGUAAACAGAGAACUGAUCUACCUGCCCCCCCCUCCCCCUCUAACAGAGUAGGAGUGUAUCUGGACUGGGGGUCCGGCACUCUGUCCUUCUACACCAUCUCCCCCAACACACACACACUGACCCACCUACACACAUUCACCACCACAUUCACUGAACCGCUCUACGCUGGAUUCUACAUUUAUGACUCAGUGAGUCUGUGUGAGACAGAAUAACCUCUACAGAGAGAGAGAGAGAGAAAACAGAGGGUGGGCUGAGAGAGAGUGAGAGAGACACAGAGAGACAGUGAGAGAGGGACAGAGAGAAAUGGAAAUAUGUUUGUUGUUCAUCAGUUUGAUCUCAGACUGCAAAUAUGAGAGAAAUCAAACCUUUCUGUGUUUAAAUUUUUCAGAAUAAAUAAAGAGAAUAAAAUAAA